CGCCACUAACGUACGAUCUUCGUUCGGUUUUUGAUGAAACUUCCAUUGCAACACCUGAUAUUGUUGUCGUCCUCACCCGUUCAAUCAGCAUUGUUGUAAGCCCGGGGCAUCUAGGCUGUAGCUUUGUGGUGGUAAACACAAUGGCGUCCACGAGCAGACGACGCGGACCCGCGGCAUACCCACCCUUUGAGCCUCUUCCUUAUUGGAAACAAGAGGACUUGAAGCGUUCACAUGCGGUUUGGCAGUGGGUGGUUAAAGGUCAGGAGUGGGGUGUGGUGGGGGGUGGAAACUUCCUCAUUCGUUCCCGCCUAUGCGACGAGUUGUUUCCCGGUUCACGAUCGAGGGCAGUGGAUCACUUCACGAAAACGAAGGCGCAUUGCCCUCGACGGACGACUGAGAUACUGUGGCGCUUGCAGCGCCACGGAGCACAACUUUGGGACGCUAUGUUGCGGAGGUUGGCCGCGGAGUAUGCAGAUGCGAUGGAGGAGGAGCUGGCCGUGGAGGAUCUGGUUGGACGUGGCACUGCUGCCCCUGCUGCCCCUGCUGAUGCGUCUGCCACGCAGACACGAACCGAUGGCGGAGAGGACGGGAGAGGUGCCGCAGGGCCAGAUGGUGGUCAACAAGACUGUCUUGCCAGAGACGCCGCGGAUGAUGUUCGUGAGCGUUUGCGAGCGCUCGUCGGUAUGGGGGAUGGAGGUGACGAGAGGGCGGCGAGAGGGACUCCUACUACAUCGACUGCCUCCACGCAGGUCGCACUCCAAGGAAGACAGACGACCUUGGAUCCGUUUUUGCGAAACAAGGUGCAGAAUGAUCUCCAUCGUUUGUUGGCACUUGCAAUGUACAGCGGCGGCAUGUCGUUCAACUGGCUACGGCUGAAGGAGACGCAAAAAUAUUGGGACUACAUUGUCACACUCCUGCGGCCAUCCGUCGUACCAGCGCCACGCCUGCUCUCGUACGAGGGAGUGAGGACGAGGAUGAUGGAUAUUAUAUACCAUGAGGUUGCAGCACUCAUCGCCCCCAAGAAGGCAAAGUGGAAGGACACCGGUUGCACCUUGAUGACUGAUGGUGCCACUGACCAGCGCAACAAGCCGAUAAUGAACUUCAUCGCAGUAGGCCAGUCAUGGCCAAUCCUUAUCCGCACCAUCGAUGUGUCGGCACGAGACAAGACAGGCCCGACACACGCAGCAGCUUACUUGUUGGAUCCUCGUCGACGUGACAUCUCUUUGUUGUCUGAUCGCAACUCACCCGUCAUGCAAAGUACACUUGAUCAUUUCUCUCGUAUGUUGGGUGGAGGUUGGGAGUCAAAGGCGCUGGGAGACUUGUGGGAGGAUUUAUGGACCUUCCACUGUGAUGAUCCUUGGUAUUGGCCGGUGGACGGUCCUCAUUGGUGGGACGAGGUUGUUGUUCGAGACGCUGCCAGCAAGACGAUGCACCCAGCAUUGUGGUGGCAGCUUCACGGUGGCGGUCACCCAAGGUUGCAGGCAAUAGCAAAGAAGGUGCUCGGCAUGUGGUCCACAGCGAGUCCUUGUGAACGCAAUUGGGCCACUCAUGAUUUCAUUCACACAAAGAGGCGCAACAACCUCUCCGCCACAAGUGUGGAGAAACUCGUGUUCAUUCAUUGGAACAUGCAGCUUCUCGGCGCUAGCAGGAGGCCUGAGAGUCGCUACAUCGACGUGUGGGCCGACAUAGUUAAGGAUCCCCCCGAGGAGGUGGACGAUGGAGAUGUCUUGCCUGUCGAUGCGGAUGAGGAGGAGUGGGAGGCAGCCGCUCGAGCAAACCGUCAUAAGGACGGACGUGAUCGCAUCACAUCUGCAUCUCGCUAUGUCGGCGAUCAUUAUGAGCCUGGCCCUUGGGCGGAUGCCGUGUGGAUGCAUCGUGAGAUGGCGGAGCACAUGCAGCAAGAGAGGGACAAAGGGAAGACCCUUGCCGAGGACCAACAUGAUGUCCUCGAUGACUGGGCGGGGCUAGACCCUCACGAGGACUUGGACGCAUACGUGGGCGGCAGUUUCCGCACAGUGAAGACCCUACGGGAGAGGGUGGGAGGUCAGACUGAUGUUGAGGGGUUGUUGGCCAGAGAGGAUGCUGAGCGCGACAGAAAUCGCUCCUAUGACGACGUUCAUGGAUCGACACCAGUGCGACAGGCGAGGGCGACAGGGUCCACACAAGGCUCCGCUUCUCAAACCCAUGAUCGUGCCGAGUCAUCUCAUCAAGGGGCAAGGGUGAUAGGCAACACCACAAUCGUAGAGGCGCAUGCCUGUGCAGGGACAACGUCCGACAGUGCCACUGACCAUGUGCGUCGAAGCGAGGGAUCUCAAAGUGCAGGUGCUCAACAUGGGUCGGAGCAGAGGGCGGAGCAGAGGACAGAGCAAAGGGUGCACCAGGCGAGCGACCAGAGUGUGGUCGACAGGCCGCAACAGAGGAUGGAGGACACCAACACGGUGGAGCAGGUGGCAGAGCAGGUCGCUGAUCAUCCGAGGGUGACACAAACUGUGGUGCAAACAGUGCAUCAAAGGGUGGACUGUGCCGUCGAUGACACAGUUCAAGAAAGGCGAGAGGAGGGUGCACAGUUUACUGUGGAGCCGAGGGUCGGGGAUGCCGUUACACCAACGGUGGAGCAGAGGGCCGAGCAGAGACUGGGAGACAGGGUGGAGGCAUUGUUGGAGCAGAGGACAGAGCAAAGGGCACACAUGUCUAGAGAUUGUAGAGUGGAGCAGAGGGCAAAGCAGAGGCUUGACGUCAGGGUGGACGUCUGUGUGGAUCAACGAUUGGGCCACGAGAGGGUGGUUGAAAGAGUGGGUGAGAGCGUGCUACAUGAUGUGGGUGGUGUGAUGGCGGAGGAGAGGACUAAGGAGAGGGGAAGGGUUAACCCGCAAGAGAGCGUUACACCGGAGACCACAUUGAGUCGAGGCUCUUUCUAUGGGAUUCCCCCGUUGCCCCCUCGUGGUGCACAAUCCUCUAUACGGGUUGAUGUUGGCGCACAUGUGGGGGAGCCACCACAGCGCCAGCGAGAAGGGGAGAUAGCCUCUAGUGGAGGCAGGGGCGCAUUGGACACCGUGUCCAGUCAUGAAAGGCAGGGUGGGAUACACAGCUCCAUCUUGACGAGUCAUGUGGAUACAGAGACUCCCGAUGUUUCUAAGCGGUUGCCUACUGGACGUGGCAUUGUCAGCGGUGUGUGCACAAGGUCUCAGGCAGGUGACGGAGAGAGACGAAAAGUCUCUUCUCGAGUUCUCGAUGACGAUCCUGACCACAAUGAUGAUGGCAGCACCUCGGAUGAGAUGUCCGGUAGUGACUAUGCUGAGGAGGCUCGUCUGAGGGGUGGAGAUUUUGGUGGAGAUGGGGAUGGCUCUCAUAAGAGUCAUAACACUGAGGAUGACGUGGAGUAGCGAGAUGUGCUUCAUUUUGUGUGUCGAUCAGCGUGUGCCUGUCUUUGUUCGAGGUGCAGUUUGCUUAAU